AUGCGCGGGAGCUUCAUACCUUUGUCGCAAAGAAUCCUGCUCAACUUCAUUUGGAACGCCGUUCAAUGCUGGAAUGGUGGCCGUCUAGUCGCUGUAUGCUUGACCGCGAUCUGGCCUUCGUAUGCCCGUAUGCCGAAUACUUUUAGCCCCAACUUCCCUGCUACCACCGACCAGUUUGUGGGAUUCGUCGUGUUCUGGUUCAUAUCGACACCUUUCUUGUGGCUGCGACCGGAGAAGUUCAAGAUCCCGUUCCUCAUAGUCUGCCUCUGGUGCGGCAUCGGAAUGUUGGCAUGGAUGAUCUGGGCAGUGACAACUGCUAAAGGUGUAGGCCCUCUAUGGAAUGCUGGCGAAAACAUUCCUUCGGGUUCCGCUUUCGGUACCUCAUGGCUUAUCAUGGCUGGCAUCAAUCAGAGUCUUGGCGGAAUUGCUGCUGGCAUUACGAAUGGCAGCGACUUCUCACGCUACUCGCGUGGAAGAACACCCUACAUGGUCGGUACUAUCACUAGCUGCGUGAUCACCAGCGUCAUCGUCUCUCUAGUUGGUCUUGUUACAACUGCGUCGGGACAAAAGUUGUAUGGAGAGAUCUAUUGGAACCCACCUGAUCUACUCAUGCGCAUGAUGGACAACGGCAACGGCUCAUCGAAGGCACGUGCGGGGGUAUUCUUCCUGGCUGCAGGUUUCGCAUUCACCGCAAUGUUCGAGAACAUUUGCGGAAACGCUGUCUCUGGUGGAAUCGACCUUGCUGGCCUUUUUCCACGCUACAUCAACAUACGUCGUGGUGCAAUCAUUACGUUUGUGGCGGCAUGGGUCGUUCAACCCUGGCAGCUCAUCAACCGAUUCUUCAUCAGCGCUUUCGUCUUCUACGUCCUCAACAAGAUCUUCCCAGUUCUAGAUAUGGACCAGAUCGAUCCUAUCGAUCUAUAUGGUACCUUCACAGAAGCGGAGGCAAAGCGAGCUGGUGUAGCUCCGCUAGACAACAGCCCUGUUUUGGGAGGGGUAUCUGGGCGAAGAUCGACCGAAGAUGUUGUUAUCUACGGAGAGAAAUGUGCGUGA